AUGGGGAAUUCACUUGCAUGUUUUGCACCAACACAAACACCAACAAAGGCAAAAACAACAUCAAAAGAAACAAAGAAAGAGCUUAUUAUACCACCAUGGCUAUCUCCUUUAUCCUCCUUAAAAAAAUCAAGAAAAUUAGAGUCGGAGGCUGACGUCAUUUUCGAAGACUCUUACAUCAAGAAACAGGCACAAAUAGCUACCAUGCUUUAUCAUCAGCACUUGCAAAACAAUGGUGGUCAUGAUCAUCUUAUUCGGCAAAUUGAACGAUCAGUGUCGACCAAUAAUCGCACUUUGAAUUCUUACAACAAGUCGAAAAGGCUGCCAGCUCGAUCACGCUCACUUUCGUGCUCGACUUCUAUGCUCCCAAAUCAGGUUUCACAUUCAACUUAUGUUAUUUUCAAUCCUAUGGAAAUCUUCAGUCUAAUUAAGGAUAUAGCAAAGAGUGAUGAUGAGCAAGAGCAGAAGCACUUUGUGCUCGUCCACGGUGGAGGUUUUGGAGCAUGGUGUUGGUACAAGAUUAUAGCUCUCCUUAAACAACACAAAUACAAGGUUGAUGCCAUAGACCUCACUGGCUCUGGAUCCAACUUUUGUGAUAUCAAUUCCAUCAACACUCUAGCUCACUAUGCUAUCCCACUUACUCAUUUCCUAGCAAAUCUUGGUCAUAAUAAACAGGUUAUAUUAGUGGGACAUGAUCUUGGUGGAGCCUGUAUCUCUCAUGCAAUGGAGAUUUAUCCUCACAAAGUCUCCAAGGCCAUUUUUGUGGCUGCAACUAUGCUCACUAAUGGCCAGAGAGCCCUUGAUAUCUUUUCUCAUCAGUCAUGUUUGAGUGACAUUAGUCAACGUGCCCAGAAAUUCAUAUAUGCAAAGGGGAAAAAAGAUCAUCAGCCAACUUCUAUAGAUUUCGACAAGUCACUUCUGGAGGAGUUCUUGUUUAACCGAACACUUUCAAAGGACAUUGCAUUAGCAUCAUUAUCAAUGAGGGCUGUACCAUUUGCUCCUGCCAAAGAGAAGCUUUCGCUUUCAUCACAAAACUAUGGUUCCAUCGCAAGAUUUUACAUAAAAACGGAUGAUGAUUUUGUCAUUCCUCCUUCCGUACAAGAAUCGAUGAUACGAUCAAGUCCGCCUAACCAAGUUUUCGACCUCAAAAAUUCCGACCACUGCCCUUUCCUCUCCAGGCCUCAGGCACUAUGCAGGCUCAUAGUACAAAUAUCGAAUAUCACUUAGUGAAGAUUAGAAGGUAGUGAGGGUUAACUAAAAUUUCGAUGAUAUGAGGCUGUACAUGAGAACACAAUGAAAUUAUCUCACAGUUAUAUGUUUAAUUAUCUCAAAA